ACUUCCGGGUAAGUGUUAGGGAGGGAGGGGGGCCACCCACUGCCUCGCGCCCCCGCCCUGCGGGUGUCUCGCGCGCAUUCCGUGCGUGUGAGUGUGUGGGUCUGUCUCGCGCUUGAAGUGCGUGCCCGCGCGCUCCGCCUCGCGCUCACCCUCCUCCCUUGCCCUUACUGAUCCUCCCACCCCACUCGGCUCCCUCCUUUCCCAGCAAACGCCGCCCCUCCUGCGCUCUGGCUCAGGCUCUGGCGCCGCCGCAGCCGUCGCCGCCGGGUGAGUCUCGCGGCGCUACAGUCGGCGCGCGCCUAGCUCCCUGCUCCUCCCCCUCCCCUUUUCCUUUGGGGGGGUGGGGGGGUCCACGGUGUGACUGUACGUGUGUCCGUCCCGGAACCGGAAGUGGUUAUGGAGGAGCGGGCGAUGGGGAGAAAUGGGGGGGCUUAGGGGGCGGGUGCCUGUCUGGUGGGUGGCAGAGUUCAGCUCCCUGGAGGGGAAGGAGGGACGUCCCAAAGAAGGGUCUUUCAGGAAGGAGUUGGGGGGUGACAUUAGGAGAAAACUCCCAGGGACUGUCUCAGGGGAGCGAGGGUUUGCGGGGCACAACUGAGGUCUCCAGUAGAUAGACCACUGUGCAGGCUGAAGGAGAAAGUUCAGGAGCCCUGGAAAGGAGAAAGAAUAAGACGACAGGAGGAAGAGAGAGAGAGGGUAGAAUGGAAGAAUCUCAUUUCAAUUCUAACCCAUACUUCUGGCCUUCUAUCCCCACAGUCUCAGGACAGAUUGAGAACACAAUGUUCAUCAACAAGAUGAAGGAUCAGCUGUUGCCAGAGAAGGGCUGUGGGCUGGCUCCACCCCAUUACCCCACCUUGCUGACAGUGCCUGCCUCAGUGUCCCUGCCCUCAGGCAUCAGCAUGGACACAGAGUCCAAGUCAGACCAGCUGACCCCACACAGCCAGGCAUCCGUUACUCAGAAUAUUACGGUGGUCCCUGUGCCGUCUACAGGACUGAUGACUGCUGGAGUCUCCUGUUCUCAGAGGUGGAGAAGAGAAGGGAGUCAAUCAAGGGGUCCUGGUUUGGUAAUCACAUCCCCCUCAGGCUCUCUCGUGACCACAGCCUCAUCAGCUCAGACCUUCCCCAUUUCGGCUCCUAUGAUUGUCUCAGCUCUUCCCCCUGGCUCACAAGCCCUGCAGGUGGUCCCUGACCUCUCCAAGAAGGUAGCAUCAACCCUAACUGAGGAAGGAGGCGGAGGUGGUGGUGGAGGUGGCAAUGUGGCUCCCAAGCCCCCCCGGGGCCGCAAGAAGAAGCGGAUGCUGGAAUCAGGACUGCCUGAGAUGAAUGACCCUUAUGUCCUCUCCCCUGAGGAUGAAGAUGACCAUCAGAAAGACGGCAAGACCUACAGGUGCCGGAUGUGCUCACUGACAUUCUACUCAAAGUCGGAGAUGCAGAUCCACUCCAAGUCACACACCGAGACCAAGCCCCACAAGUGCCCACAUUGUUCCAAGACCUUCGCCAACAGCUCCUACCUGGCCCAGCACAUCCGUAUACACUCAGGCGCUAAGCCCUAUAGUUGUAACUUCUGUGAGAAAUCUUUCCGCCAGCUCUCCCACCUUCAGCAGCACACCCGAAUCCACACCGGUGAUAGACCAUACAAAUGUGCACACCCAGGCUGUGAGAAAGCCUUCACACAACUCUCCAAUCUGCAGUCCCACAGACGGCAGCACAACAAAGAUAAACCCUUCAAGUGCCACAACUGUCAUCGAGCGUACACAGAUGCAGCCUCACUAGAGGUGCACCUAUCUACGCAUACGGUGAAGCACGCCAAGGUGUACACCUGCACUAUCUGUAGUCGGGCAUAUACAUCGGAAACAUACCUUAUGAAACAUAUGCGCAAACACAACCCUCCUGAUCUCCAGCAACAAGUACAGGCAGCGGCAGCAGCAGCAGCAGUGGCCCAAGCUCAAGCUCAAGCUCAAGCUCAAGCUCAAGCUCAGGCCCAGGCCCAGGCCCAAGCCCAAGCCCAAGCCUCCCAGGCAUCACAGCAGCAGCAACAGCAGCCACAGCAGCCACAGCCACCACACUUCCAGUCCCCUGGGGCAGCCCCCCAGGGUGGGGGUGGUGGGGACAGCAACCCCAACCCUCCACCCCAGUGUUCCUUUGACCUGACCCCCUAUAAGACGGCGGAGCAUCAUAAGGACAUCUGUCUCACUGUCACCACCAGCACCAUCCAGGUGGAGCACCUGGCCAGCUCUUAGAGAUCCGUGCUGCCACCCAUUGGGAAUAGGAGAAAGAAGUUCUGGUCUCUUUCUCCAACUCCUCUUGGGAAAAGUCCUUUUCUUCCGUGACAAGCCUUGGCACCAUCUCCUUGGGCCUCAGGCACAGCUUUCCUUUACAAGAUACCAUCAUUAUUUUCAACUCUUCUUCAAAAGGAACAUCAGCCCUCCUGAUUUGCAAAGGAUACUGAGCUGAUUGUGUCAUCCAGCAGCCCCCUCCCAAGCAAAGCUUUUAAAAUUGGGGGUUGGUGCUCAAGGGAAGGAUUUGCUGUGACCUCACAGAAACUUGUCUGGUGUGGGCACUUACCCUCUCCCUCAUCCUCCAAGUUCAGGCUAAAAGAAGACUAGAGGCUGGUUCUCCAGAUAACAAAGAGAAGGGAGCUCCAGAUGCAACCAGCCUCCUGUCCUAUGCUUGCCUGCAAAAGAAUAGAGGUGUUUUUUUGUUUGUUUGUUUGUUUUGUGUGCCCCAACCCCUGAGAGCCAUUUUCUUCUACAUGGUCUCACUUCACUUCCUACCUACUGCUGGUAGAAGAUGAUUUGGGUGGGGAUUAGACCUCCUUUUAUUUGUAAGGGGGCAAGGGCUUAGAUGUGAUCCCCAAGGGCCAGAGAUUUCCCAGGUGGUCAAGGAUGGCUUAGAAGUAUGGGUUAUGGUUUUCCUCAGAACCUCUUUCCCCAUUCUCUGUCAACCAAGGCCCUGUACUCUGUCUCCCUAUCUGAUCCCCCAAGGAGCUAUGAGAACUUUGUGGUCUCUGUGAAACCCCCAGAACAAAUGUGUUGCAGAGAAGGGAGUGUUCAGGGUAGACAAAAGGACUGGACUUAGCUCCCUAGGUGCCACGGUCAGACGCCAGACAUGGAUUUAUAUAUAAAUAUAUAUAUAUAUAAAUAUAUAUAUACCCGCUCAUCACGGCCAUCUUUGUUGUAACCAUUUCUGUGUUUAUAAAUGCAUUAUCUCUGAGAAUUUUCAUAUUUGAUGUUUUGUUUAUUUUUGUCUUUUUUUUCCCCCUCCACCCUAUCCUCUGGCCACAGCAUUUUUAUUUUCAUUUAACUUUGUUUUUUUUUUUGUUGUUGUUGUUGUUUUUUAAAUCAUGACAGAUUUCAGAAAGAAGAACACUUAAAAAAUCAGGAAACCAGUUGUUAUAAAGCAAUUUAAAAAUGAAAAAAAAAAAAAAAAACCUUGUGUACAAACCAAGGGAUGUUUUUAGAACAUUGUAUAGAAAUAAAUUCAUGUAAAAGGA